AUGAAUCCCUAUUUCAAUUUACCGUCAACAAACCUUUCUAAUGAUCAACAAUAUGAAACGGACUAUUCGCGGGGAACUUAUCGAUUCGCCACUAAAGAUCCAUCGUAUUCCAAUCUGCAUAUGAUGCAAGCAGGUUUAUCAACAUCUCAUCCUCAAUCCUCCAUUCAAUUCGAUCAACACCAACCAGCCAACAAUGAUUAUCUCUUUCCAACAUCGAGUCCUAAUCUCUAUUCAGUUAAUCAGAUGAUUCCGACAUCAACAUUUUCCAUGUCAGUUACGAAUCCAAUGCUUUAUUAUUCCCAUCCACUGAUGAGACCAGAGUUUAGUUUCGAACAUAAACGUACUCGACAAACGUAUACACGUCAUCAAACGCUUGAAUUAGAAAAAGAAUUUCUUUGUUCUAAAUAUUUAACGCGACGAAAGCGAAUUGAAAUUGCACAUAGUUUAACAUUAACAGAACGGCAAAUCAAAAUCUGGUUUCAAAAUCGUCGAAUGAAAUGGAAAAAAGACAACAACUUCAAAUCACUCAACGACCCACACGUCAAACUUGAAGCAAAUGCGACGAGUUACUCAAACAAUAAUGCCUCAUGGGCAACGAUAGCAAAUUCGACACCUAAUAUCAAAAAGAAAUAA